GACUGGCUGAGUAGGUUUGGAUACCUCCCGCCCCCCGACCCAGUGACCGGCCAGCUGCAGACCAAAGAGGCGUUGACCAAGGCCAUCAAAGCCAUGCAGAAGUUUGGAGGGCUGAAGGAAACUGGUGUAUUAGACCAAGCCACACUAGGUCUAAUGAAAACACCCAGAUGCUCUCUGCCAGAUGUCUCCGAUCCCAAUGUGACGACAGGGCGCAGGAAACGAAGCUUGAACUCACAGAACAAAUGGAAUAAGAGACAUCUGUCAUGGAGAGUGAGAACCUUCCCCAAGGAUUCAGCCUUACUGGGCAGGGACACAGUUCGGGCCCUCAUGUACUACGCCCUGAAGGUCUGGAGUGAUAUCGCACCUCUGAACUUCCAUGAGGUGGCCGGCAGCGAUGCAGACAUUCAGAUAGACUUCACUAAAGCCGACCAUAAUGAUGGAUACCCCUUCGAUGGGCCUGGGGGCACAGUGGCGCAUGCUUUUUUUCCUGGGGAGAGGUUCACCGCAGGCGAUACACACUUUGACGAUGAUGAGGCCUGGACCUUCAGAUCACCAGACUCUCAUGGGAUGGAUCUCUUUGCAGUCGCAGUCCAUGAGUUCGGUCACGCCAUAGGCCUGGUCCAUACCUCAGCUAUGGAGUCCAUCAUGAGACCGUACUACCAAGGUCCGGUGGGAGACCCUCUGAAAUAUGAUCUUCCCUACGAGGACAAAGUCCGUGUCUGGCAGCUCUAUGGUGUCAGAGAUUCGGUGUCCCACACCAAUCAACCUGGUAGUCCCUCUCAGACACCUGAGCCUCCCGUCCUUCUUGACCUUCCUGAAAACAGAUCCACACUCCUACUGGCACAAGAUGCCCCAGACAGGUGCACCAGUCACUUUGAUGCUGUGGCCCAAAUAAGAGGAGAGGCUUUCUUCUUUAAAGGAAAGUAUUUUUGGAGGCUAACAAGAGAGAAGCACCUUGUGUCUCUCCGCCCUGCUCACAUCCAUCGCUUCUGGAGGGGACUUCCUCCUAAUAUGGAUAGUGUGGACGCUGUUUAUGAGAGGCCAGGGGACCACAAAAUAGUAUUUUUCAAAGGUCAGAAGUACUGGGUAUUUAAAGACAACAAUGUUGAAGAGGGUUACCCCCGUCCCAUUAGUGACUUUGGCCUGCCUGUGGAAGCCGUGGAUGCAGCAUUUGUUUGGUUACACAAUGACAAAACCUACUUCUUCAAAGAUAACCACUACUGGCGAUAUGAUGACCACUUGCGACACAUGGACCUCGGCUACCCCAAAGACAGCACGCUUUGGAAGGGGUUGCCGCUCCAGCUGGAUGAUGCCAUGAGGUGGUCUGAUGGAUCCUCCUAUUUUUUCAAGGGAAAGGAGUACUGGCGAGUGCCAGGCAGUGACAUGGAGGUGGAGGCAGGAUACCCCCGCCUGAUUGCGAAGGAUUGGCUGCUCUGCACCGAGAUGCAGUCGGACUCUCCAGACACGGAAGCCAAAAGCACAGAGACGAGGGUCAACGUGCACCGCCACCCGGACCAUGCAGAGAACGGAUACGAGGUGUGCUCCUGCACCUCUGACACCGCCUCGCCUUCAGCCAUCCACUUAUCCCCAUCUCCACUUUGGCUUUUGCCACCUCUUUGGACGCUUUCACUGACCUGGCUCUCUGAACUCCUAUGAUGCUGAAGCACAGGAUUGAGGCCUUGUCUUCAGUUCAAGAGAGAGACUAAUUAGUGGAUGCUCAGCAAAAAAACAAACAUAUUGGAAGGAUUUCAUCAUAUAAAUACAGUUUAUUUAGUUUGUUUUGUUCUCUUUUUCUGUUUAUUCUUGGGGGUUAUUUAUUUCAUAUGCCAUCUUCUGGCCACUUAAAGAGCCUUGCAGUAGUCAUUCUACAAACAAUUAUCUGUCAACUGACAAUGACAGAGUUUGGUGUUUCAGAAGCUAAGUUGCACACAAAUAUAAGUUAUAUUUACUCAUGGCUUCAUCCAUGCUGAGAGGGCUAAAUAGAGAGGAAUGUUCCCAUAGAGGUAGUUUUAUCAUUACAGAUUUUAACGGCGACUCAUCUAAAGAAUGCAGUUAUACAAAUAAAAGGCUGGAGGGUCAAACUGCAUGAAGUUGAGAAUAUUCACAUCAAAACUGACACAAAGGUUUGGAAAGUACAGCUUCUUACCAAAGCUUCUUUUAUAAAGAAGAAUUAUGGUAAUUUAUUGUCCCCAGAACAUAAAACUGUAAUUCUAACUCAGUGGGUGAUUUGCUUGCUGUCUUUUGUUUGGUGCUCAGCAAGUUUAUUGCAGUUAAAAUUAGAAUGAAAUCCUUCUUUAAAACAACAAUAUUCUUCUGAUUUACCUCCGGUGAUGUCUGGGUCUGCUUUGCUGUUUUCUUUCAAUGGUAGGCAUGGGCCAGUUACCACUAUAUUAUAUAAAAGUUAGUGUCACAAUCACUUUUCAUUGUACAUUGUACUCCCCAUACAGUUUACAAGGAUAGGAUAGCAUAGGUUACAUGUUCACAGGUGAAUAUCAGUGAGUUUAUUGGUAAAAGUUUCCUUAUCCACAGCUGAAAAACUAGUUCAUAAAGUAAACAAACCUUGGUAUGCUAACAAGAUCAUAAAAUCUCCGCUAGAACAAUCUAGAAAUAAGUAUAAUUUUCUUAAAUUAAGUGUAUUUGCCCCUAAUUA